AUGCGUUCGUUCCUCUUCGUUGCCUACAUGUUCCCGCCGUUCGCGAACUCGGGGACGCGCAGGUCGCUGGAGUUCGCCAACCACCUGCCCGACCAUGGUUGGGCGCCGACCGUGCUGACGCUGGCCGAGCCCAAGCCACGCGAGCGGGACGACCGACUGCUGGAUGAGGUCCGUCUAGGCACUCGCCUGCUGCGUGUGUCCCACACCAGCGAACGCUGGGCGCGCGGCUUGAGUCGGCUGGCGCCCCCGUCGAUGCGCGAGCGCGUCAAGGACGGCCUGGAAUGGCGGCUGGACAACUUCUGGGCCGUGCCGGAUGGCGCCGCAGCCUGGCGGCGUGAAGCCGUCGCAGCCGGUGUGAGGGCGCAUCGCGAGACCCCGUUCGACGUUAUCCUCGCGACCGGCUCGCCGUGGACGUCACUCGUUGUCGCGCGCGACAUCGCUCGGCAGACCGGCCUGCCUUAUGUGCUGGACUACCGAGACCAGUGGCGUCCGAGCGGCACGGUCGCGUGGGACACCGAGACGCGUCUUCAGCGCUGGAUCAGCCCGCGCCUAGAAAAGAGCGCGGCGGCGAGCGCGGCGGCCAUCGUGACCGUCACCCCCACGCUGGGCGAGGCGCUGAAGAGGGACACCGGCCGCCCGGACAUCGAGUGCAUCACCAACGGCUUCGAACCGAAGGACUUCGUCGGCCUGCCGCUGCCCCCGGGUGACGGCCUGGUCCGCGUCAGCUACACCGGCGUCUGGCGCCCCGGCUACGGCCCCGACCUGCUGUACCGCGCGCUGCGCCAGCUCAAGGAUGCCGGUACGCCGGGCCUGGAGCGGCUGCGCGUGAACACCGCCGGCUUCAACCCGGGGCCUGCGGAGAAGUUCGGCGUCAGCGACCUCGUGACCGAACACGGCCGUGUGUCGCAUGGCGUGGCUGUUCAGAUGAUGGCCGAGUCCGACCUCGUCUUUCUGCCCGUCUCAGAGGGCUUCUAUGCCCUCGCGGCGCUGCCGGGCAAGCUGUUUGAGUACCUGGGCAGUGGACGGCCAAUCCUCGCCGCGACGCUGCCCAACAGCGAGGUCGCCCGUGUCAUCGCAGACGUCGGCGGCGGCCGGCAGAUCAUGCCCGACGACCUCGAAUCGGCCGCCGGCGUGCUGGCUGACCUGUGCGCGGGUCGCGGGCUGUCGGGCUUCACGUCGCAACGUCCGGAACGCCUGGCUGCUUACACGCGCGCGGCCACCGCCCGGCAGAUGGCAGCGGUGCUGGACAGGGUGGUGGGUCGGUGA